GAGUUUCUUGCUAUGUCUAAAGACGAAAGGAAGUGUAGUUGGGCUUUGGGUCCAGUACUUAGUCUUUGAUGGGCUAUGGAAGAAAGGAGGCAACUAGGUAUCUGUGUGUAGGUUGAUGUUGCACGAGAGUGAUAGCAUGAACAUGCUUGGCGCCACGAGACGCGUAGUUGGAAUAAUUCCUCGUAGGGUUCGAUCAGUGCGGCAAGUGCAUGGAGAUGGCGAUGGCGAUGGCGAUGGCGAAGAGGCUUUACGUUUUUACAAGAGCAGAGGCCAACACAUUCUCAUCAACCCUCGAAUUCUCGACACCAUCGUUCGGAAAUCCGCCAUAAACCCCACCGACACCGUCCUCGAAAUCGGUCCCGGCACCGGCAACCUCACCCUCAAGCUCCUCGAAGCCGCGCGCAAGGUUGUCGCCGUCGAGAUCGACCCCCGCAUGGUCCAGGUUCUCGAGAAGCGCGUCCUCCAACGCGGCCUCCAAGGUAAGCUCAGGGUUAUGAAAGGAGAUGCAAUGAGAACGCAGUUCCCGCGGUUUGAUAUUGUCGUGGCCAACAUUCCUUAUGGGAUAUCUUCCCCUCUCGUGAUUAAAUUGGUGUACGGAGCGACGCCGUUUCGGAGUGCCACGCUUCUGCUGCAGAAAGAGUUCGCGCGAAGGUUAUUGGCUAGGCCCGGUGACUCUGGCUUUAACCGCUUAUCGGUGAAUGUGAAGCUUCUGGCUGACGUGGAGCUUGUGAUGGAUGUAAGCAAGAGGGACUUUCUCCCUUCCCCUAAAGUUGACUCUUCUGUGGUUAUAAUCCGCCCUAAGGGUCAGGUUCCCAAUCUGGAUCUCCAUCAGUGGAGGGCAUUCACUAGGACUUGUUUUACUCACAGAAGCAAGACACUUGGGGCAUCCUUUAAGCAGAAAGGGAAACUUUUUGACUUGUUCAAAAUCUCCAAUGAAAAUGAUGACUCUUCACCCCACAAGGGUGAUGAUGCUCAAGAUAUAGGACGGUUUACCUCCUUCAAGGAAAAGAUUCUUCGAGUGCUCAGAACGGGAGGGUUUGAGGAUAAAAGGCCUUUUAAACUUUCUCUCGAGGAGCUUCUGCAUUUGCACUCUUUGUUUAACCAAGCUGGCAUAUAUUUUGAUCACCGUCGAGAUCCCAAGUGUGAUGACAGGUUUGAUGACGAGGGUGACGAUGAGGACGACAAAGAGGAGUAGUUCAUUCCGCCGAAAAGGCGAGAUGCUUAUCAGCCGCAUAAUAUCAUUCGUUUGUUUUUUCAUUAGAAUGCAAGCCUUCUUGAUUUGAGGGUAUUUGGAGAAAAAGUAUUGCACACGCGGAACAUUAACGAGAGUAUGGGAAGUGAGAAGACUUAUUAAAUCUCGUAUGGUUGAUCGAGAUUGGUUUUUUUUACUUAAUUAAUACGGUCGAGGUAAGAUUGAAUGAUCAAAAUCAACGCUUUUUAUGCUCUUAAAUUCAUGUUACGGUAAAUGGUAGUAGUUAGAAGCAGAUGAAAUAUUCGUUCGGUUUGGCAAUGGAUUCGAUUUAAGUUUUUAUGGCACAACUUGGAACUAUCUUUUGACUUCCCUGUGUUAAAGAGAGUUGUUGUACCUCUAGGUUUUAGUUAUAGAAAAUCAAAAUGUUGCAUAUUACUUUUCUAUAUUACUAUUAUACUGUCUCUUAUCUUUGACGAUCAUUACAUACUUGAUGAAUAGAUUUCAGAUUGUCAAGAUUUUUCUUAGUUUAUUUGUUGCUAAUGAAUAAAUUUUGCGUAAGUAUGUUGCA